GGAAUCACUUCUCUCUCUUCCAAGAUUACUUACUGUUUGUUACUGAAUAAAUUAUUAAGAUUGAUUUUAUUAUUCAAAGAGAGAAAAAAGAUAGAGCCAAUAACACACCAUGCUUUCAUCUGGUGGUGUUGUCACUUUCAUUCUGGUUCUAUUUUUUGUUCUUGAAUCUUCUGCUAGGCCAUUGUAUCCUCUUCCUAGCCGUGCCGGCAAUAGGAAUCGUAAACCUCUUCAGACAUUUCGUCCUUACAAUAUUGCACAUAGAGGUUCAAAUGGGGAGAUUCCUGAAGAAACUGCUGAAGCUUAUUUGAGAGCUAUUGAGGAAGGUGCUGAUUUCAUAGAAACAGACAUAUUGUCAUCUAAGGAUGGUGUUCUUAUUUGUUUCCACGAUGUAACACUCGACGAAACAACCGAUGUAACAAAACAUAAGAAGUUUGCUAAACGUAAAAGGACUUAUGAAGUUCAAGGAUUAAACGUAACUGGAUUCUUCACAGUUGAUUUUACACUCGAAGAACUCAAGUCAUUGCGGGUAAAACAGAGGUUUCCUUUUCGAGAUCAGAAAUAUAAUGGAGUGUUUCAGAUAAUUACAUUCGAAGAGUUUAUUUCCAUUGCUUUAGAUGCGUCGAGAAUCGUGGGAAUAUAUCCCGAGAUUAAAAACCCAGUUCUUAUUAACCAGCAUGUCAAAUGGCAUGGAGGUAAGAUAUUCGAGGACAAAUUUGUAGAGACACUAAAGAAAUACGGUUAUAAAGGUUCUUAUUUAUCGGAUGAUUGGAAGAAGCAACCUGCAUUCAUCCAAUCAUUUGCUCCAACUUCUCUUAUCCAUAUAUCAAACCAUACGGAUCUUCCUAAACUGUUCUUAAUCGACGAUGUAACCAUACCGACACAAGACACAAAUCAGACAUAUGAGGAAAUCACUUCAGACAGUUAUUUGGAUUAUAUAAAGGAUUAUGUAGUGGGGAUUGGACCUUGGAAGGAUACUAUUGUUCCUGUCUCAAAUAAUAAUUAUUUGGAACCAUCAACAGAUCUUGUUGCUAGAGCUCAUGCCCACAAUCUUCAGGUUCAUCCAUACACAUACAGGAAUGAGAAUCAUUAUCUGCACUAUAACUUCCAUCAAGAUCCAUAUCAAGAAUAUGAUUUCUGGAUAAACACAAUUGGAGUGGAUGGUCUCUUCACAGAUUUCACUGGCAGCCUUCAUAAAUUUCAGGAGAUGACUUCCCAAUCUUCUUCCCAAAAAAAUGAUGCUUCAGAAUUACUGCAUAAAAUUGCUAUUAUGAUUGCCAAUUACACAAGGAAAUGAGAGAAAAGAAGAUCAUUUCUUUAUUUCAUUUGUUAGCUUUGUCAUCAAUUAUUUAUGUGCAAGCAAACUCUUCAUUUCCUAUUUGACUCAACAACAUAAAUAUUUUGUUGUUGUUAUAUGUGCA